AUGCCACGUUUGUUAGCACCUUGUUCAAAACUCGCAUACACAAGAUACAUAAGAAAACCAACCAUACCUAACCCAAACCGAUGUGAUAUUUUCAUCAACCAUCGAGGGAUCGAUACAAAGAAGACUAUCUCAGGUCUAUUAUAUGAUCAUUUCAAUAGACUGCGUUUGAAUUCUUUCUUGGAUAGUAAGAGUUUAAAGCCCGGGGACAGACUUUUCGUUGAGAUCAAUGCAGCAAUCAAAGAAUGCAGUGUUGGUGUCGCUGUUUUCUCUCCUCGUUACUGCGACUCUUACUUCUGUCUCCAUGAACUCACGAAGCUUAUGGAGAACAAGAAGAGAGUCAUCCCUAUCUUUUGCGAUAUCAAGCCAUCAGAACUCUGCGUUAAGGACGACGGGACAUGUUCAGAUGCCGAGAUCGAGAGGUUUCAAUCGGCUCUCGAGGAAGCAAAAUAUACCGUAGGACUCACGUUUGAUACAUCUAAUGGAGACUGGUCAAAGUUCUUGGCCAUGGCAUCGGAUGCAGUCACGAAGAACUUGUUAGACGUUGAAGAGGAGAGACUAAGGAGCAUCAACCCCACGUACAAGCACAUAUCUGCUUAG